AUGGGCGGCCAGAGGCAGUACUAUAGUAGGCGUGCACUUACGCUCGAUCUUUGGCUCAUCAGUAUUCCUAUAUAUGUCGACCUUGACGCCACCAUAACUCUACAGGGACCGCCCUUGUCAGGUGUCGUCCAUAUGGAUUUCUUCGUAUUUAGCUUUAAUAUCAAGUUUGGGUCACAGAGCCUCCCAGAGAACAAAAAGCUCUACAUCAACGAGUUCUACGCUCUAGUACUACAAACCACUCCAGAGAAAUACACCAGCACAAUCGAGAGUACGAAUAAGGUAGAGAAGCCUGCCCCGCUUCUCCUGAACUGCAUCAGUGGCCUCAUCUCGCCCAGCACCAACAACAAGGAGGAGAAGUUACCAGAACCCAACAACAAAUAG